AUGGGAAAGAAAAUGGAUCGAAGGAUUGAAUACACGAGGCUCGACAGUGAGGAUGCUGAGGUAAAUUUCCGUUUCUUGAUCCUAGCUUUUAGGUAUUUAUCGACUCUAUAAAUUGUUUUUUAUACCAAAAAUAUUGAAUUUAGUUGUUAAAAGAAUUGACGAUUGUAUUUUAGAGAGACGAAAACAUUGCCAAUGAGCGAUUGUUGAAGAUAACGGAAUUCCUCGAUCGACUACCGCAUGAUGUAAGUUUUUUCUUCUUAUUAUUAUUACCUAUUUAGUUGCGAAUCGACAUUUUUUCUCAUCUAACUCCCAUUGAAGUCUUUCAUCUCUACAGAAACUCAGGAAGAGAAGAAUAUAUGGUCCUUUCAAAUGAAGUUUUCCGAGAAUUAUGUGUCAAGAACAAGGUCCCCGAGAUCUAUAAUCAAUAUAAUUGGAAGGCGACAUUCUUACAGUGAGUGCCUUAAUUAUUACUUUUAUUUCUUUAGAUUCCUCAAUUGUGCCAUUCAAUCGCCGAACUUUUCUAAUUUAUAUGACUUCAAUGUUGAGUUAUACAACGCUAUGUCCACGGGUGUGAAGAGAUUCGAGUUUCUAAUAUAUUACUAUGACAAUUAUGGAGAGAUAGGGACGACGCCUAUGGGAACGGAUUUAAUGCCGACAAUAAAUGGGGUUAUGAAUUUGAAGAAUAGAGUGAUUACGGUCGCUUUGGGGAAUGUAAAUAUCAAAGCGGCGGUGAAUCGAGAUGAUGUUGCGCUGCAAUGUUAUACUACUCAACUAACAGUUAGUUCAUAUUUUUACUUAUUUUUUGGUUUUUGGAAUUCUCAAGAAGAGCUGUUGCAUCUUUGGGCUUUCAGGUUCAUCCUCCAUCUCCUCCACCGACACUCGGCUUCCAUUACACUACUGCAAUGUUUCUGGACAAAGAUCUAAAGUUUUAUUAUAUUGAUAAUGGGUCCUCCGACCAUGCCAGACCUUCGUUAUAUUGCAAAGACCUCUCAAAUUUCGAAUCAGCGCCAGUAUUAUUAUUCACGAUCGAUCGAGGGAAUGCCGAAUGCUUGACCGUUCAUGAUGGAUAUUUAUAUGUGAUAUUCGAACAAACAUUUCGCGAUUUGGUCUUAUAUAAAUAUGAUUUGGCCAAGAAUGAGGGGGAAGAGUACAUAUCAGACACAAUGGCGGUAAGAAAUGACUUUUUUUGAGUUUGUUUUUAGGACUUUAAACGCUAAAUUGUUGCUGAAUUUAAUAUUUCAAUUCCACAUGCUUGAUUCGUUUUGUUUUAGAAGGCAGAACGACUGCACGUUAUGGGAGACAAACUAUUGUUCUUGUAUAAACAAGGCAUCUCCGUAUUUUCAUUCCCAGAAGAUCAACCAGAAGUUUUCAAGAUGACAGACACGAUAUUCAGUGGUUGCAGACCUCACAUUCUCAAUGAUGAUGUCAUCCUCUAUUCUAGUGAGAUUUUAAACGAUGAAGGAAGCGAAAUUUGGGUUCAGGUAUGGUCUAAUAUUACUUCAAUAAAGAUAUUUGUCAUGUGCAAUAUUAAGUUUAUUUUUGUAGGCGUUAAUUCGACGAGAAAACGGUCGAAUGAUAAAGGAUGUAGCGCGAGGUCUCACGAAAUGCACAAUAUCCGUCCUUUCUCCUUACAUGUUCAACAUUAUCAGCGAAACAAAGAGGAUGAUCGUUUAUUACGAAGAAGUAAACAGUAAGGCAAUUAAUUCUAUUUACGUGUUAUUGUUUAGGGAAGUUCCUUGUCCUUCAUACAGAAAACAGAAAAAGUAAACACUCCUCGACGACGCUAAGUUCAAUCUUUAAAAGAUUUUUACAAUUGUAACAUAUGUACAUUGUUGUUGAGAUAAAGGAAGAUAAACAACUUUUUGAUGCCUCAGUAACCAUUAUUAUCGUAUUCAUUCCUUCCGAACCCUGAAUUCUCUGUUCUGGUUUGAUCGGCGACCAUUUCCUGGAUCUCAGCGGGUGGCCAUUGGAAGAAUAUCCAAUUUGAUCGACUUUUCCUCCCUCUAUUCAAAUUCGAAUCUGGUUUUUUGCACGGCGGGUGAGAGCAAAUAUCCACUGUGAAGAAGGCGGUAUCUGUACAAUUGAUGGUAAAUUCUCUCCGUCGAUUAAAGGCGUAUAAAAGUAGCGGGUGUCAUGAGGAAAUGACCAUUCCGGUACGGAAAUUUUAUAUUUUCUUUAAGUUUUUAAGGGUUACAGUAGCAUUGGAAGGAAUGAAAAAAUUUUUUGGCCGUUACCGAUCCUUAUAUGUACUUAUCCUUUCAGAAUGGGCUCCUGGAUAGUCCAUCUCCUAUACGCCACAUCGUCGAUUACGGCGAUCGCCUUGGUCUCUCUAGUAUGCCUCACUCCGAUGUUGCUCAAGGAUGUGGAUGUGAUGAGACAUGAAUGGGAAAAGGACUUUCUGGAAGUACAGGUAAUAUAAUUUUUAAUUGCAAAAACAAAAGAUUAAUUUUUGUAAUUUUAGAAGAUGUCCAACGAACUUUGGGACGAUUUAGUCAAGAUCGGCGCCAAAGUCAGAACACCAAGAGACCGGCUGAGAAGACAAUAUGAAACGUUCGCAUCGGGAUAUCAGGGGGCAAAUUACAAUGGCCAGAGUGGAAGUUAUGGCAAUCAGAACAACGGCUAUAACAAUGACGGAUAUGAGGAACAGCAGAGUGGAUACGAAGCCCCGGUGGCUCCGGUUUAUGGAUAUGGAUUGGCUAGGCUGAAGUGUAAGUAAAUAGUUUUUUAUUUGAUGUAUGGCGAUUUUACAAUUGAGAAUACUGUAGAAAAUUGAAUGAUUUAACUUAAUGAUGAUUAUAGGUUGUUGCGCAAUGAAGAAUAUUGAUUAUGAUGGGGAACACCACAAUCUCCCAGUAUCAUACAAGUGCCCAAUCGGAAAGAAAGGACCUCCAGGUCCAACUGGAGAGCCAGGAGAACCCGGAAGGGAUGGACAGCCCGGCUUCGAAGGUGAAGAUUACCCAUCAUUGCCUGUGUCGUAAGUUUCUAAUCUUUCAAUGUCAGAAACGUCUUGGUAAGGGAUUAAUAUUGAUUUAUUUCAGAACUGGCUUCAAUGCUGACAAUUCCGCCGCAAUCUUUGAUGAGGGUUAUGGUCUGGCUACCGCUGGGACGACUCCAAAACAACGGCAGUGCGAGCCUUGUCCAAGAGGACCACCAGGACAACCGGGACCAAAAGGAACUCCAGGACCGAGCGGACCCAAAGGAGAUCAUGGAAUUCAAGUGAGUAAUAGGGGUUCGACUCUAAAACGAUUAAAAAAUUUUCUUUUAUCAUAAACAUCGUUAUUUCCAGGGAGUUCAUGGAAUCCCAGGUGUUUCUGGGAAUGCUGGUGCCCCCGGAAAUGUGGGACCUCGAGGGAAAUCCGGCCGAACUGGGCUGCCCGGACCUCGCGGAGCUGAUGGACAGGCUGGAGGCAAGGGUCUUCCCGGGAAACCAGGACAAUCCGGAAGCAUCGGAGUCCCCGGUCCUCGAGGAGUCUCAGGACAAACUGGAAGUGUUGGACGUGACGGGAAACGAGGAAUCGUUGGAAAGGUCGGCCCUAAGGGUCAGCGAGGCCUUGAUGGAGUUGAUGGUGCACAAGGGCCAGUUGGUCCACCUGGAAUUGAUGCGGGGUAUUGCAAAUGCCCGGAUCGUGUCCGUGAUGUCAGUGUUGCUAGUGGGAAUGCGUAAGUUUUUCGGACACCGAUUUUUUACUUUUUGCAAGGCGUCACGUCGUAUAGAGCAAAAAUUAAUGGAAUUUUUUUAGAUACGAAGAGCCUAGCUACGCUCCCGUAGCUUCUUAUCCGUCCAGCAACACCUACUCAUCUGCCAAUCAAGCCAAGAGUCACUAUUCUUAUCCUUCUUCGUCUUCUUAUCCAGCCAAACAAGUAUCCGCCCCAGCUGUUGCUCCAACUAAUGACAAUGAAGUGAAUGGAUAUGGUGGGUUAUCAACUCAAGUCGGAAGAGGAUACGGUAGUGUUAAUGAGGCCUCAUACAAUCCUAUGAAAGUUGGUAAGGACGUAGGAGAUAUUUUAGCUUUCUACUAAAACUUGAGGCAAAGGUUUUGGAUAAUCAAUAUAAAAAAUAGGUUUACUAAUAUUUCGGGAACUAAUAAGGCAUUCAAGUAUAUAAUAACAGUCUUUUCUAACCCACUGCCAACAUAUAAUAUCUGCAAAAAUCGGGCCAGAGACUAAAUUUUUAUAAUCUUGACUGCUUUCAGACCCCAGAACGAGCGCCAAGCCCAAUAACAACGUUUACACAAGCGAAGUUCGAGUCAACGACCUACAACCCAGCUCUGUGACCAAUAACUACCAAUAUCAGCAAGGUGCAUACCAAGGACAACAGAGCCCCACACCCAGAUCUUCCGUCAAUUACAAUUACUCUAAUCCCCCGAAAGCAGUGGCGCCGAAUCCAAUCCAACCGGCUGCGGCGUACAGUCCGCAGGCCGCCGAAGAAGAUAACGACUAUCCAUUCUUGAGCAACGAAUGGAAUGAACAGAGAAAGAGGAGAUUACUGCAGAGACAACGCCAACGUUAUGUUGGAAGAAGUCAUUAG